AUGUGUGCGGCUCCCGUGUGCAUGGCUGUGUCCCAGGCCGGCAACAUGGUUACCCUUACCGAAGUCGAGGACGAACACUUCCAGGAGCACCCUCCGGCUCAGUACGACGAUGACGAGGACUACACGGAUACCGAAUCUGAAAUUUCCAAUGACUCCGAUUUUGAUGCCGAGAACGAGAGCUUUGCCGAGCGUGUGUACGCCCUCCGCGAUAUUGUGCCUCCCAAAACCCGUGGCUGGAUCGCCGACAGCGCGAGCGCCCUCUCGAGCCGUGCCUGGAGCGUCAUGUCCUUUAGCGGCAAGAGCGCCUGGGUCAUCACCACUUCGAUCCUCUUCCUCGGAGUCCCCUUUGCCCUUUCCUUCCACGAGGAUCUGCAAUACGCCGCCAUGGAGCAAGAGUACAACAUGCGCCAAAGCGGCGGCGACAUGCUGACCGGCGGCGGCGAGGAGCAGAGCACUGCCGAUAAGGUCAGCGCCGCGCUUGCCGCCGAGGGCCAGUCUGGCCAGGUCAAGCCUGCCCUGUAA